AUGGGCGACGAAGAGCGCUCUUCUGUGGAUUUUGCAGAAGAAAAGCGAGAAUCGGUCAGUGAAAUUCUGAAUGGAAACGAUAGAAAUGGUGAGUCAACGUCGAAACGAUAUUUAUAAUAAUUGUCAUCAAAUCAUCAAAACAACAGGUGUUCGUAGUCUGCAGACUUGCCAAAUCCCGGGCCGGGCCAGCAAAUCGUCGGCCCGGCCCGGCCCGGUCGGCCCGGAAGUUAGACCUCAAAAAAAAUAUGCAAAAAAAAUAUGAAGGAAGAGGAACACGCGUGCGGCAAAAUUGCUAAAAUGGCGUGCCAGAGUUGCAAUCAAUCGCUCCGCCCACUCUUGAGAAAAUUUUCGUAAUUUUUGUGAAAAUUUUGCGACUUUAAACAGCAAUUUCUAUUUUUUAACAGGUUUUUAUGCUAUAACAUUGCCUUUUUAAGUCUAUAAAAUUUUAAGUCUAUAAAAUUAUGUUCGUUUCGAAGUUCUAGUUCGCUUUGAAUUUUUAGGUGCAUCCUCCCGGGCCGACCGGGCCGGGCCGGAAAAUUUCCAAUUUUGGCCCGGCCCGGCCCGUUGCAAGUCUGGUAGUCUGGUGUGGCGUUGCGUUGUUUUGCCUCGACGGUCCGUCCGUUCCGAGAGGACUCGCUCUCUUUUUUUAUCUCCCCGUCCUCCCAACCCUGCCUGCCUUCCCAAACGGCCUCUUCGUGCGCACUAAAUUUAAACGCGCUUCUAGACAUCGUUGCGAGACCCAUCACCAGCUUUGACCUACCGCCCCGCGGAACUUGAACCGAUUGACUUUCGGCCCGUUUUCCUCGCUGUCUUUUGUCUUUUUUCUUUCGAUUCGAGCACGAGAAUUCUCAAAAUUAUCGCGCUUUUUUGCAAAUUUGCUUAAUCUGUCAGUGAAUAAAAAUGUUGCUCAUACUUUUAGCCAGCAUUAAUCAGAAUGUUUGUUCAGAAAUGAAAAUUCGCAGAAUUUUUCCUGAAAACGCUUGAAAUUCCGUAAUUUUUCAACAAUUUUCGCUGGUAAAUAAAGCGCUAAAAUGUCUUGUAAUCUUGUUUUCUGUCGCAUUUUUCCUCUGUUUCGAUCACAAUGUUCCCCGCUUUAUUUUGUUUUCUGCUGUUAUUCCAGAAAUUCAAAGGCCACGCCCUGUUUGCCAUGUGAUUCGAAACAGUAAAACUUUCUCUUUAUCCAUCUCGCUUUCUUGUUUAAUUAGAUUAAACCACUUCUAAACCAACAACAUAUAAAUCCAUUUCCUGGGCCAAUGAAAUGGAAUAGCCCGGUGGCAGCUACUACCGAACCGAAUAUAUAUAUAUAUAAGGUUGUAUUACAACAAUUACCUCACCGGAUCAGCUGCUGUUCUCUUGUUCUCGUCGGCAUAACCGCUGGCACACGACCCCGCAAGUCUACCGGUUUUUUUUGAGUUUAUCGCUAGAAAUCGAGCGCAGACAUAUAUGCUUUUUUGACAAAUUUUCAAUUGUAUUCUGCUCUUCAAAAUGAGCCAGGCGCUAGAACAAGUUACAGUUUCACAAUUCCCAGUACUCCGUAGACUUAGCCGGCCUGUGGCCGCCAGUAGCACCCGUUUUCUUCCGUGUCACUCAUUCACAGUUGGCGGCCCGAAGCCAGUUCACACAUGUUGCGUAGUACUGGUCAAGAGAGAGUAUCUCUAGUGACCGAGGAGGUAACCAGUCAUUUAUCCUCCCCGCGGCGUGCCUCCAAUCGUGUUGACCUUUUGCCACUUUUCCGUUGUGUAAUGUGCCGGUUUCUUCCGCUUUCUCAGCUGUUUUUACUGUUUUCUCUGCUUUUUCUGUGCAACUGAUCGGCUAGUGCGCUCUACCAAAAUUUUUCAGCAAAAAAGCAUAAACUUCUCACAUUUUCGCUAUUCCUGCUUGAUCAAAAUGUGAAUUAAAGUUUUGCAUACUUUUGUGUCAGAACCUGGCAUUUGCCAAUUUUCCACUGGAAAUGCUCAAAUUUCAGGCAAUUUUCGGCGGUUUUCCUUGUUUAGGGAGAAAAUUCAGCUUUUCUGCACAUUUUUCAAAAACUAAUCAGUUCACCUCGAAAGACCGUUCGAGCACUCAAUAUGGUGGUGGCGAGGGUGAAAAUUGAAAGUUUCUGGUAUUUUCCGAUCUCAAGCACAAAAACACCAUUGUAUUUACAAACAUUAACACCUUUUUCUAUUUUCCAAUUGAGGGCUUCAAAAAUUUCGGUUGAAAAAAAGCGUGUUGUUUGUGUUGAGGCGUCGCAAAGCUUCUGAACUCAUAAACAGCCCACCCCAGUCUCCUUUAUCCUCAAACAAAGCCCUAAUGGUAAUCCUCUAAAUAUGCGUCCUUCUCCCAUACAGUGUCCGUCCGUCCGUCGUCCACACAGCGAAAAGCCAGCCAUGCGCGAGAUAAAUGUGAUCUGUCUGUUCGUCGUCUGCGUCUAUUCGGCGCUCGAUCCCCCCCGGGGCCCACACCGAUCCGCCAUUCCGGGCAUAUUUAUUGUUUGCCUCUCCCCAAAAACGGUUGUCUUUUUCGCGUUUUCCGCUCCUGCUGCUCACCAAUUUUUUUUUGAGAGCUAUGUCCCGAACAAUCGCUUUAGCCCGCUGCUCCUGUAAUCUCAAUUUUUUCCAACUAAUUCAAAUUUCGUAUGAUAAUCUUUAAGGCUUAAGAGUGAGGGGGGUAAUCGGAGAGCGUGAGAAUUAAGGGGGGCGGCCUAAAACCCGAAUCCCAUAUGCUUUCCGCUGCUCUCCGCGUCAAACAUAUGGUUAUGAUGAUCUAUUACCAUUGAACACCCCACUUCUCUUCUUCUUCUUCGGAUUUUCAAUCACGACUCGACUCAUUUCACACGUAUUACUACUACUACUACAGUGUAUAACUGUGUCGCUCACCGGUUGUCCUACUUACUAUGUACUAUUAGACAUUCACACCUCUGACACACUUUGAAUCUAACAAAAAUCUAACGGAAAAUAAGGUCACCUCAUCAGUUUAUUUGCUUUUUCGCGGUUCGGUUCGUCUGCUGUCCUCAGUGCUGUGUGAGCGAUAAACAAAUUCUGCUUGGGGCUAGAUGAUGUGCGGGUGGUCGACAAGUUUUCUAUGUGUAUACUUAUUCAAUAGGCCGCGAUGAGACGUAUACACAUAAUUUUUUGUUUAUUUUUUAGGCGAGAGAGUGAGCAGCCGGAAGUAUGCGUCAAAAUGUGUAUACAAUUAUGGCGUUUCCGGAAAUUUCAUUUUUGCAAUGCCUUCAACUCACUGAUUUUGAAUAUGCGCCAAAAAUGUGUUUUUCGGAAUUCACACUUGAAGCUCACAGAAAUGCAGUCAUUUAGCACUCUUUUGUGGAAAGUUUAUUUUAGCUUACUUUUAUUUAGGCACAAACAACCGGGCUCGUCGAAACAACAAAAGAGAUUUUUGUUAUAACUGAAUGAAGUGAAACAACAAAAAAAUUGUUAUUUCCUCACCUUAAUUUCUCAGCCCUGACCGAUUUCGGCAACUAGCAGCUACUUUAUUAGACCAGAGUGCAGAAAUGCAAAUUCCCGCACAAACCUUUUGCCCUAAGAAGCCGAGUAGUAAAAUUCGGAGAAGCCGUCGACUGCUCUCUUUCUAUGCGCUCUCUCGUUCUCUAACAAGAGUCUUGGUGAAAGGCGAUGUCCGGAAGAAAAGCAGAAGAAGAAGGCAACAAUGUUUUGUUUUAUGCACACCCUCACACCAAAAACAUGCUCGUUUUUACAAUGUUUUUCUUUGCUCCAUAAAAAUUAUUGAAAAGAUUUUGGAAUGAUCGUGUGAAAACUUACACGUGCUUUUAUAUAAUCAUAUUCAUAAGCAUAACAGAACGCGUCUUUGAACACACUUUCCAUCGUCCCGCCCGUCGUCAUUUUAUUCAUUCAAUUGUGAACAAACUGGCACCAAACGAAGCGUGACCCAUUUCGGUCCUAACAUGUGUAUAUUUCAUAACUCUUCGCCUCAACAUUCAUCAUCAUCAUCAUCAUCAGAGUCAUUACUAGUAGUGGUUGGGAGAAAGGGGUAACAAAAUUAAAUGAGAAUGAGAGUGAAAUGUGUGUGUCUCUGCUUUGGCUGUAUAGUUUUGUUGUUGCCGCGCGGAAACGACGACGGACGCACGCGUGAUUUCUCCCAUUUGUUUUGUGUAUGUUUAAUUGUUUCUUCUUGGAUUUCACUAGGCGAUCCGGCGAGCAAAAAAACGUUAUCGCGCUCCAUCGCUCACAUUGCAGCCGCGAAAAAAUAUGUGUUUUUCUGUCAGUUUUGUGCAAAACUUCUAUUUUCCUCUAAUUUCACCGAAAAGUAAGUGUUUUUUGAGAAAUUUUGCGCUCUUUCCUGACCUUUAACACGGUUUCACAAAAGAAUGCCAGAAAAGCCGCGCCUUUGUAAAAACAAAUUCAAUUUCGCGCACACCUUUCUGGUCUUUUAGAACGUUUGAAGAUUCACUGUAAUAGAGCGUAAUUGACGUAUUUCAUUCCGCAAAAAAAAAACAAAGAAAACCACUUCGCUCUCACUUCCUCACCAACUUACUCGCAUUUUGUCAAUCUCUUGAAAGAAAUGAAUCGUCAAUGAGAUGAAAACUUGAGAAAAAAGGUGAAAGCGAUCUCUGCGUGGCAAGGAUGCGCAGACAUGUCUAUUUGUUGUGGUAUUCGGAGGAAGCGGAGAGAUUGAGAGAAAGAGAGGAAGACAGAUUGGUGGGACGAGAUUAAACUAGUGUUGGAAGACCGGGCAACAGCUGCCCCGAGUAGCCCUUUCUUAAGAAAGUUCCAUCCCUAGAUCACCACAACAUUGACUCUUCACCUUUUUCCCCCAAACGCUUCUAGGUCUAGUCGAAUUAGAGGAAAAAUUGUGAAAUUGUGAAAUCUCUUUCGGUCAGCUGAUGAUCGGAUGAAUCAUGCCGUCGCGCACACUCACUCUUGACACCUGAUGUCCAAAACACUAGAGAACGAAAUCGUUUUCGUCGGUGUUCUUCGGCUGACUCAUCGCUUUACACAGUGCCCAUCUCUACCGAAUUCCUACUUGUUUGCUCUUCUUUUCUCGUUUUGUUAUUUCAAUUUGGUUCAUUUCAUUUUUUGUUUCAAAUCAAACUGAACCAGAUUAGCGAAAAUUCCUUCAAGGAUUAUAUGAGGAAAAAAUGUUGGGGUGUGUCGGAAUCUACUAAAGAGUUCUACCUGUGAAUUCUUUGAAAAUUCAAAGAACAUCAGGCAAGACUAAUUAACAGAUUCUGACGAUUUCAAACGAUUUCUCAUAGUCUAAUGAACCGCCUUAACUUUUUUUUGCUUUCGAAAACCACACGAGCUGUCUCUGCUGAUCGUUUCCAUUUCCACUUUAAAUGGUGUGUCGUAAAUGCCUUCCUAUCUUCUUUUAUCAGUUAUUUUCGAAGGUUACUCACCCCUUAUCAUUUAUGCGUUUUGUGUUGAAAAAAACGAUUGCCUCUAUCUAUCCAACUGUUUUUUUUUUCAGAAGUAUUAUUCGCCAGAACCCCGUUUCGCCGAACGUUUGGCGUUAAACACAAAAAGGAUCGUCCUGUUGCGACUACGGUUAACGGUUAGUUUUUCCAGGAUUGUGGCGAGUGCGCUCUAUCGCGAAAUUCGAGAUUUCUGAGGCCCUGGCCAAGUUUUUGUUUGGUUUUUUGGAAUAUCGAGACACAUUCCACUUACGCAAGCGCGCUCCACCGCACUUUUCGAAUUUUACUUGGCGGAAGCGCGAAAAAUUGAAAUAAAUCUUGCAGUUUUCAUGGAAACCCCCUAAUUUCGACAGAUUUUGCAGGGCACGCAACUGUCCGUCGAUCGAACUCAACAUCAGCGUCGAUCCGAAACCGUCGGAUUUCAUCGGCGAUCAUCAGUCAGGACGUGGGCGCAAUGAUCGGACCGACCGCGUUGCCGCCGAUGCCCUCGCAGGAGCAACUCGACAAAGAGUUCGAUGACGUGCUCGUAAGCGACCUUUUUAAUCGAACAAAUUCAUCCGAGAAUUAUUUGCAGAAGCACAUGGACCUGCCGGUCGACAAACUGCGAAUAUUGCGCGGAUAUGACAACGAGAAAAAGUGGAAAUUGAUUUGCGAUCAGAAGCAGCAAGUGACGAAACAAGUGACGCCGCCGGCCAAAUACCUCGAGAAGCUUUCCUUCUUUUUGGACAAGAAAAUGCUGAAAAAGGCGCUGAAGAACAAGGAGAUUCAGAAUGACGAGACGUCGACCAGUGUGCUGAGGCAUAUCGAGAUCAGUUUGAGGACGAACAGUGUCGAGUGAGCGAGUAUUUCCAGAAAUUCAAGAAAUAUAUAUGUUUUCUGUUCAGUUGGGUCUUCGAAUUCCUGAACACUCCGAACCUGGGCCUGCGUAAACUCGUCGACUACAUGCGGACCCUCCUGGCCGACUGCGCUUCGGUCCCUUCGACCUCCACCGCGUUCCCGGGCAUUCCGCCGCCCUCCUCGGGCAACAAUUCGAUGCACGAGUCGCCGUCGCACAACUCCUCUUCCGAUAUGAGUGCCAAUGUGACGAACAACUCCAAUUUCAGCAAUAGCUUUGAUGCGACCGCGAAUUUACUCAAAAAAGGUUGCGCUUGAUGGAACACGCGAGGUGAAGCGUAUGUUCUGUAUUUGUGCACAUACGCUUCAGCACGCCGUGUAGAACUUUGCGUGUUUUCUAACAACUCUCGCGAAACCGUUACAAUUUAACAAUGGAGCGCACAUCCAACACUUUUGAUCCCACAAUAAAUGCGCUCUUUGCAGGUCCGCUGACAAUUUCGAAAGGAAAAGUGGGGAAGAGUAUGGGCGAGGCGGAGGACGACAUUCACAUUUGCAUGAUGUGUUUGCGGGCUAUAAUGAACAACAAACAGGGAUUCCAGCAGGUGUUCGCCGACACGGAGGCCAUCUACUGCAUCGUGCGAAGCGUUUUGCAUCAGAAUCUGAGGUGCGCCCACGCUUGGCAAAAUUUGAGAGAAACCCGAUUUUAGAGUUUUUUCGGCUCAAUUUUACCAGGAAACAACUUUUCAUCACACUAUUCAUUUUCCAGAACGAAAACGCUGGUCAUCCAGAUGCUCUCCUCGAUUUGCAUGGUGCAGGGCGGUCAGGAGAUUGUCUCCGACGCGUUCGACCGCUUCGAAAAGGAUUUCCGCGAGCCGCGCCGCUUCUGGACGCUCAUGCAGUUCGUGCGCAAUCCGCCCGAGUUCCACGUCGAAUUCCUCUCGUCGGCUGUCCAAUUCUUCGAUUAUUUCGUGAACAACGUCGACGACCUCAACUUCCGCGUUCAUCUACAGUACGAAAUGACGUUGCUGGGCCUCGACAAGUACAUCGAACUGAUGGCCGAAUGCGAGUCGGACGAGCUGCAGGAGCGCAUGAUCAGCUACGCUAACAGCGCGAUCGACGUGGCACAGCUUCUGGAAGAUUCCAACCAGAAAACGGAAUUGAUCGAGGAGCGAGAAGCACUGAAAUCGCGACUCUCGCACGCGAACGAACGCGUUCAGGAGGUCGAGGCUAAGUGGAUCACCGACAAGGCGGCACUGGAUCGACGUCUUCUGGAUCUGGUGAUGGAGCGGGAGCGGAUGGAGAAGGAGCACGUCGAGCAGAAGGGCACGUGGACGCGCACGAUGAACGAGAAAGACCGGGCCGCGCGGGAGGACAGGAAGCGGCUCGAGCAGAAGAUUAACGAGUUGGAGGCCAUUCAGAAGACUAUGCAGGGUAAGACAGGCUAAAUUAGGCUAAUUUUCUCUCUGUUUUUCUUGCAACUGUUGACUAAUCUUUCCAUUUUUCAGCUGGUCUUCAAGUGCAACAGGCGGCCGCUGCCAAGUCGCCGCCAACUCCUCCGCCGCCGGCUCCGGGCCCUCAUAAAGAACAACGCAGAUCCGCGUCGAAGGAUCCGCCCGCCCCGCCGCCCAUCUCCUCGAUCCCGCCGCCUCCUCCGAUCGCUGGUCUCGUCGCCGCCAACGGAUCAUCUGUUCCGAUCCCACCGCCGCCGCCACCGCCACUUCCGUCGAUCGGAGGUGGUCCUCCUCCACCUCCACCGCCUCCGCCGCCGCCAGGAUUCCUCGGUGGUCCUCCGCCGCCUCCACCACCACCCGGAAGCUUCGCGCCGCCCAGUAAUGACGUGAAAACGAUCAAGAAGAUCUAUCAGACGAAGAACAAGCUGCCGCAGUUGAACUGGACGGCGAUGAAGCCGAACCAGGCGAAGAACACGGUGUUCGAGAAGCUGAACGACGAGCUGAUCAUCGAGAAAAUCGACUUUUCCAAGCUAGAGGAGAUGUUCAAGAUGACGCCCAUCGGGCUGACAGAGCCGAAGAACGAGCAGUCGGCGCUGGGACAAGUAAGUCCGGGAUCGGCGAGCAGUGCGGGCAGUUCGGCUAGGAAGAACACGUUGCUCACGGACGCGAAGAGGUUGCAGAAUAUCGGUGGGUUGACGAGGGAAAUCGCGGUCUACCGCAAUCUCAGGCGCAGUGGGGUAGAGCGCGGUUUUUGUUUGCACUGGAGUGCAUUUAUAUAUUUUCUGUUGUUUCAGCAAUCACUCGUCGAAAAGUGGCAAUGGACGCGCGGAGCAUAAUGGCGGCCGUGCAUCAGCUGGAUCUCCAUGCCCUGACCGCCGAAAAAGUCGACAUCCUGUCGAGAAUUCUGCCGACCGACGACGAGCGCAAACUGUUUUCCGAGAAGCGCGGCGAACUGGACGGGCUCUCCGAAGAGGACGUCUUCAUGGCGGCGCUGUGCGAGAUCGAACGGCUCGACCACAAACUGGCGGUCAUGAGGGUGAUGGCCGAGUUCGACGAGUCUGCCGCCCUUAUCCAGCCGCAGUUGACUCACGUGACGGCUGCGUCGAAGUGCGCCCGGGAGGCUACAGAUUUCCACGGAGUUCUCGAGGUUAUUCUCGCAUUCGGAAACUAUAUGAACAGUGGGAAAAGGGGCGGAGCGUACGGGUUCAAACUCGCUUCCCUCGAUUCAUUGGCGAUUCUGAAAUCGCCGACCGACAAAAGUCUGACCCUGCUCCACAUGAUCGUGAGCUCGAUUGAGCAGAAUCCGGACCUGAAGCACUUGAAAUCAUUCGCGCAGCAACUGAAGUUCAUCGACAAGGCGACGUCGGUGCAGUGGGAGAGCGUGGCGACGGACAUGAAGGACCUCGAGAGCGGGUUCCGGACUGCGAAGAAGGAGCAGGAGCUCAAGGGCGCCGACGCUCCCAGCUCGCUCGUCGAGUUCACCGCCACACGGCAGGCCCGGAUGGACGAGCUGGAGCAGGCGUUCCAGCUGGCGAAGAGCUCGUUCCACGACUGCUGCGAGUUCUACGGAGAGAGCGAAAAAUCGACGGCGCCGAACGUGUUCUUCCAGAAGCUCACCCAUUUUGUGAACAACUACAAUCGAUGUCGGCAGGAGAACGAGACGAAGGCCGCGUUGGAAAAGGUUUUCGUUGCGUUCUUUAUCGAUGAUAAUAAUGAUGAAAUUGUUUAGCGCCAAAAAGAAGAGGCGGAGCGUCGGGCACGUGCGGCGAGCAACAAAUCGUCGACGUCGGAGCAAGAUCAGCUGAUGCUCGAGUUGGCGGAGAAGGUCGGUGCGGGCGGAGUGCGCAGGCAGAGGGCCAAAAUCGACAGUACUCGAAUGGACCACGGAGACUUUGAGAAGUUGAUGAGCGGUAAGUGCAAGUUUUUUUGCUUUCCUAUUAAAAUGCACAUUUUCAGGACUGAAACACACGGGCGGCACAACUCCGAACCGCCGGAAGCUGUCGAAAUCGCCGUCGCCGGCGCCCCGAUCUUCCGUUCCGCCGCCGGUGGCUCCGAAGACGCGAGUGGUCAGUGUGGAGCGAGAUCGACAAUAAUCAAUUGACAAUUUGUAAUUUCCUGACACUUUGUAAUCAAUUUACGGGCACCUCCUCAAUUCAUUCAUUUUCAUUUUCCUCCCGCCUAGCAUUUCAUUGUUUUUCCCCGCGUAAGUCAUCCGGUGUGUUUGUGUGUGUUUGACUGGUCGGUUCUGUAAUAAUUAAAAGAAAUUUUUGUUUAGAAGAAAAGGUUUCUGAUUUGUUUUGUCGCGCAUUUCCGCAACAAGAAACCAACGAUUAGCCGGAUGGAAUUCCGCCGAGAGCGUGUCCGUCUGACCGGUUUUAUCUUUAUCAUGUUAUGUAACGAACACGAGAAAAAUUCUCUCUUUUUCUCUUGUUAUCUCUCAUCGGUUCCCACCGCAGACCGUUUUGUGUUUUGCGGUAAGUGCCCAGAAAAGAAACAAAAGAUUGUAAUUUCCGUGUUUUCUAGACAGUUUUCAUGCAGAUUGGUUUGACAAAAGACGAGGAAUGACGGAAAUUCGAACAUUUUUAGCUCUCGGCUUCAAGUUUCCCCUUUUUUAGCUCAAAAGAUUGUAAGCGCGCCAAUUUUUUCCAUUCUAGAGCUUUUCUAGGCCACCGAUACGAACAUUUUUCCUGGAAAACGACAAACAUUCAGGUUCGGCACGUGUUUUUAUCUAAAAUUUUGAAAAAUAACCCAAAACAACCAUAAAAUUGCUACGUAAACCGACAAAAAUUCCAGUGUGGCGGGCUCGAUGGCCUAG